CAAUAAUGACCACGGGGUUUUCCAACAUGACUUAUUUUCAAAUCACUAUUAAAAAAAAUACCCAUAAAUGUACCUAUUGCUGUAGGUGUUCACACUUGUUGUCUGAUCGGCAUUGAUUUAUUGAUUGUUGUCUCUGCCAAUACUUUGAUAUCAGUUUGAAUAUGGUUAAAACUAAAGCCCCGUAUGGGUCCUGGACAUCCCCGGUCACUAGUAAGUUGGUUACCGAGAGUGGGGUCAGUCUCGGUGAUUUACAAUUGGACUUAAAUAGCAGUCACAGUACAAGUACAGGACCCGAGUUGGCCUAUUGGGUAGAGAGACGCACCGACGGACGGUCUACUAUAUGCAGCAGUGCUGGAGGGCAGGAAGUAACGGAUUGGACAAUUCCGGCACACAGCGUUGCCUCCAAGGUGCACGAGUACGGCGGUGGCGCCUUCUUAGUCUACAAUGGGACCGUAUACUAUGUAAACAAGGAUGACCAGUACAUGUACAUGCAGUCUGCCCCUCUCGAGGAGCCUGUACUUCUGGGAUCCCAUGGAAGAUACGCAGACGGUAGUGUCGAUCUCAAACGGGGGAAUGUGUUCUGUGUGCACGAGGACCAUGCUGCCGGCGAAGGAGAAGGUCCGGCAAAAUUCACCAACAAUCCCAUCACAUCGAUUGUCAGUCUGGAUGUGAAGUCUAAAACUCAGAAGAUUGCUGUGACUGGUGCAGACUUCUAUGGAUCGCCGAGAGUGUCCCCGGAUGGGAAGCAACUGGCGUGGGUGCAGUGGAACCACCCAAAUAUGCCGUGGACGAGCACUGAGCUGUGGACCGGCAACCUGUCCUCCGAUGGUUUGACGGUUCAGCAAGGCUCUCAGAACCGAGUGGCCGGUGGCAACGGUGUCAGCGUGCUGGGUCCCCAAUGGGCGAACGAUGGGUCGCUAUUCUGGUUGAGUGACGAAAGCGGUUACUAUCAUCUGUACUACGGCGACCAGUGGAGUGGGUUGGAAGGGGACGGCGAUACCAAUGUAAUCACAGAGUUGAUGACUACGGAUUGCGCCAGGGCGGCGUGGCAAUUUGGUCACGAUCACUUUGCUAUAUCCACUAAUAACAAAUACAUUGUACUGGCUACGAAUGAUCCCGCGAAAGGGGAUAGUCUCAUGUUCCUGAAGCGAGGUGAUUUGGGAACGCAACCACAGAUCAUUAAGAGCCCAUGGACUACGAUCUACGGCAUGAAACUCUCGCCGUCUGCAAAGUUAUACCUACACGCCGGCCACCAGUCUCAUCCAGAGUCGCUAGUCAUGCUAGAUUUAGUGGCGGGUGGCUUCACAUCGGCAAAGGCCACUGCUACGCCAUCAUCGAUGAAGGCUGUCACAGAAUCACCGCAGAAGAGCUAUGGAAGUCGCUUAUUCGGAUUCUACGAAAGGAAAGUGAAUCAGUUACUAGACACUGUCGAUUCCUAUACGGAAGGUGGUGUACAAGAUGCCAUACAGGCUGUGGCUCAGGGGACUGAUGUGCUGGUGGAUACCUGGUAUGGCGACACUUCAAAGGUACUUCGAAAAUCAUUAGAUAUCAAGAUCGGAGAUGGGUACGUCUGCAGAGCGAGGCAUUUUACUUUCCACGCGCAUGGACGCGAAGCAUACGCAUAUUACUAUGCUCCAACAAAUGAGGACUUCGAGCCAAUGGAUGGUGAGCUGCCGCCCUUGCUGGUUAAGUGCCACGGUGGACCCACUCAACAGACAAACUCAGUUAUCGAUCCCAAUAUUUUGUACUGGACAUCAAGGGGUGUGGCUAUUGUCGAUGUAAAUUAUAGCGGAAGUACGGGGUAUGGUAAGAAAUACAGAGACCGACUGGCAAAGACCUGGGGAAUAGCCGAGGUAGAUGAUGUUUGUGCGGCUGCAGAGUACUUAGUUAGUAAAGGACGGGCAGAUCCUAACAGACUAAUGAUCGACGGACGAAGUGCAGGCGGUUACACCACGCUUGCGUGCUUAACAUUUAAAGACACUUUCAAGGCCGGCUGCAGUAAAUACGGAGUGUCAGACCUUUCCGUUCUUGCAAAGGAAACACACAAGUUCGAGAGCCGGUAUCUUGAUUAUUUAAUUGGGCCCCUCCCGGAGGCGCAGAAGGAAUACUAUGAGCGAUCACCAUGUAACAGCGUCGACAAGCUGAACUGUCCGAUGAUUAUCCUACAGGGAACGGCAGACAAAGUGGUGCCUGUGAGCCAAGCGACUAUAAUGUACGAGGCGGUCAAGGCCAAAGGGAUGCCUGUUAGUUUGGUGAUGUUCGAGGGAGAGGGGCAUGGAUUUAUUAAACAGGAGAACGUCGAGUUGGCUUUGGAUGGCGAGUUCUAUUUCUACUCUCAGAUUUUCGACUGGUCCUUGCCAAAAGACUUCCCCACGAAUGUUGCCGACAAAGUGAUAAUUGAACAAGAAGUCGUCGUAUGAGGUUUGUUGCCGGAUCAAAUAGCUGGUCCAGCAGUGUAGUCGGAUUGCAACAGGACAAUACCUUCGUGUGGAUGUACAUGGGCGUUAUUAUCUUAGGUAGAGCUUAUACUGAUCUGGCAGUCUAGAAUAAAGGCGUCAAACCUCUCCAUGGACGAACGCAUGUGCAAUCCUAAACAUAUCUAGAUCGAUGCGGAUAGAGCUGGACUCUAGUCCCAUUAAAGACAGCAAUCAAAAAUUUGCGUGA